AUGCCACCAAAAUCCAAGAAGCGGCGCGUGGCCGCGGCCGAGGACGCAUGGGUCGGCGCUUCCUUGGGCACCAUCAACGGCGAAAGGUACUACGCCAGCGCGCUGGUCAAUACUGGAAGCGGCGACGUCGUGCAAGUCGACCAGCACAUGGUCGUGGUCGUUGACGGGGGCUCGGAGGCCAAGCCGACGUUGGCGCUGGUCAACCUCUUCUGGGAAGAUGCUGCAGGCGCCAAGGGGAUGGAAGUGCGCUACCUCAUGUACACGCAUGACCUUCCGGCUUCGCUCAAGAAGCAGGCCAAGCUCACGACGACGAACGAUCCAUUCGCGGUCGUUGAGACAACGGAUGUGGACGAGCUGCCGCUCGCCGACAUUGUGCGCCUUGUGGACAUGGCCGACUACGCCUGCACGCUACUCUACUCGAAGCUUACGAGUAGUCUCACGCAGCUCCCGUCUUCCUCCAUCGAGGCCCGGGCGUCGCGCGCCUACGUGUACAGCCACCGCCUCAAGCAGAAAGGUCUGCCUCAGCCGCACGACGUACUUCGCACCGAGACGGAGACGCUGGACGACACGGAGCAGCAGCUGCAGUCAGCGUGCGACCAAUUGCAGCUCUCGAGCAUUCCCGAGAAGCUCAUUGGCCGUGAAGACGAGCGUCGACAGAUCUACCGCACGGUGCACUCUGCGAUUCAAGACGGCCAUGGCGACCCCAUCUACAUUAGCGGGCUUCCAGGUAUGGGCAAGACGGCGACGGUAAAGGAGAUCAUUGGCAGCUUGGAGCGGCUGCGCGACGCGCAAAAGCUGCAGGACUUUUCGUGGAUCGAGGUCAACGGGCUGCACAUGCCCAAGCCGGACCUCGCCUACAGCAUCAUCUGGAAGGCGCUGGAGAAGCACCACUUCGCGGCCAAGUCGUUCAACCCGAAGAAAGCACGCGAGUGUCUUCACGCGCUGUUUAGCAAAACAUCGUCGGCGCGACCCGUGCUUGUCCUGCUCUUGGAUGAAAUGGACUUUAUGCUUGCAGGCAAGAACACGGUGCUCUACAACCUCCUCGAGUGGCAGUCCAUGGCCACGUCCAAACUCAUCCUCAUCGGCAUCGCCAACAUCAUGGACUUGCCGGAGCGGCUCCCGCCCAAGCUUCGAAGCCGCUUUGGCGUCCACCGCAUUGCGUUUCGGUCCUAUACGCACACGCAGAUCGAGGCGAUCGUUGCGCAACGUCUCUCGACGCUGCACGUCUUUGAGUCGGGCGCCGUCGACUUGGUCGCCAAGACACUCGCCCACCAGUCGGGCGAUAUCCGCAAGGCACUCAUGGUGUGCAAGGCGGCGACGGAAGCCACGCUGCGCCGGUACCAGGCGACCAAGACCCAUGGCACGGUGACGGCCAAGGACGUCGAGGGCGCGCAGCUGAGCAUGUCGCAAUCGCCGCUGACGAUGCGACUCAAGCACUGCAGCGUGAUCGAAUGCGUCUUCCUCCUUGCGCUCUACCGCGAGCUCAAGAUGCACGCGGUGUCCAGCGCCCACUUUGACGCGAUCACGACACGCGUCGAGACGCUGAGCAAGACCGCGGGCUUGCCGCGCAUCCCGAGCUACAAGGAACUGCAGCACGUGUGUGAAGAGCUCUGCCGCUCGGACGUUCUCCGCGUGCUAAAAGGCCAAGGCACGCUCGCCAACCCGGCGCUGUCGCUCACGUUCUCGCACGAAGAGCUGCAGGACGCGUUCGGGAACCACCCGAUCGGCCGCAGCAUGCUCUGGACGUGA